AUAAUUCAAACUUAAAAGAACGCCAUACAUAUAUAGACGUGUCAACCACUCUAACAAUAAAUAUGUUCACAAACAAAUAAAUAAUAAUGAUCAUAUACAAGUCGUUGCUACAAAUAUAAAACCCUCACAUAUAUAUACAUCAUAAACUUUUCCACCUUCUCAUCCAAACAAAAAAAAAACACAUAGAUUAGAGGUACAUUUAUAAAUAAUAUUCUUUGUUCUAAAAUGAGUGACCAUGAUCAUGAUCAUACACUAGUUGUUCAUCACAACAAGAUUUUGAUAAAAUCAGCCUUAGUAAGAGUCCCAUUUCGAAUAACCACAACAACAUUACUAAGCCUCUUACUUCCAUUAUCUUUUCUCCUCUUGGCUAGGAUCGCCUGCGCCCGUUUCCUCCUCAACCAGCUACAACCGUCUCCACCUUUCUUCUCCAUAUUCCUCCACACAAGCCCUUCAAUCCUCUAUCUCAUAGUCUCCACCAUAAGCAUAGCUACACUCGUCCACACCCUAACAGUAGGCAAGCUCACACUCCUCAGCGAGUCACUACCGUUGACCACCGCUCUCCUCAGCCGUAGACUCCGCCUCAGCGCCGCCUGGAUCUUCCUAAUCACAUUACAAGUGUGCGUGGGUUUAGGGAUCGAAGGAACCGUUUCAUUGGGAACAGAUUUUUCGAGCUUCGGUACGGACAGGACUUUGGUGAGUCGAGUCAUUUUCUUUCUCGGCUUGCACGAAACGAUGCUUCAUUGGUCGAGGCUUGUGGUUAAGCCUGUGGUGGACGACACCAUUUUCGGUGUCGUUUCGAGGAACGAAAAGUGGUUCGAGAGAGGAGCCAUAGCUGGGAGUUUCGGUGGGUUGUGGUAUUGGCGGCUGAGGGACGAGGUUGAGUCGUUGGUGGUUGUGGCUGAGGCUAAAGGUGAGAUGUUAAUGGAGGUUGGUUUGGCUGACUUUGCUGGCUGGUGGUUGUAUUACUUGACUGUCACUAUUGGUAUGGUGAAAGUCAUUAAGAGUCUUAUGUGGGUUGGAAUGUCUUUGUUUUGUAGGAGAGUAGGUAGAAUCUCAUCUGAAAUAAUUGACUCCAAUACUAAUAGUAAUAUUGCUACUUUAAAUAUUGUUGUUGAAGAAAAAGUCUGAUCAUAUUACUGAGUAAAAAAUUGUAUGUUACUGUGUAUUUUUUCUUUCUUUCUUUUACUGCUUCUUUAAGAUGUAUAAAAAAAUUUCUUGGAAAAAGAAAUAAAGAAGAAGAAGAAAAGAAUAUUAUUA